CUUGGGCUUAAUUAUGAUUACUUUACUAGUGAAGAGUGAUCUCAGUCUCACUGUGAAAAAAGGAGUCUGUCAGAAAAGGAAAGGAAAAACGAACACAAUUCACGUUUUCCGUCGAGCAAAUCCCGACGAGCGCUCUCUGCCGUGGCGGUGGCUCCAUCCUCGCCGCGUCCAACCGCCGCAUCAAUUGGCUCAAUCUGAAUCUCACCUCGAAGUCUCCCCAAUGCUGUGCUCAGUCCCCGCCGGAAAGCCCAGUUCAAAUUGGCUGGACCGACUCCGGUCCACCAAAGGCUUCCCCAUCGCCGGCGACGUCGGCCUAGACGACUUCCUUCUCACCAACCCUAACGCCGACGACGAAACUUCCGAUUCCCCCACAUCCGAUGAUGCUGCCGCCUCCAAUUCCCUCGUCAAUUCCAACUCCGUCGUCGAGCAAGCCCCCGAGAUUUCCGGCCGAGAUGUCGAAGGGGAGUACUGGUUCGGCGUGAUGACCAAUGCCCUCUCCGAUCUCUUCUACAUGGGCCGAACCACCGGAAUCUCGAGGAAGAAGAGCGCCAGGAAGCAGACGAACCCUAAGUUCUGCGCCCUUCCUGAAGAGAAGGCAGCGGGCGCGACUACGGUAACGGCUUCGCUCAAUUCAAACCGCAAUUCGAACAUUGUACGGCCUCGGCGCGGCGGGGAUGACGUGGAUGAGGGAGAUGAGGAGAAGGAGAAGGACGAGUGCCGCCGUGGCGGCGACGGUGAGGGGUGUGGAGGCGAUAGAGAGCUGAAAGGGUACUCGCGGAGUGAAGUGACGGUGAUUGAUACCAGCUACGAGGUGUGGAAGUUUGACAAGCUGGUGUUCAGGAAGAAGAACGUUUGGAAAGUGAGGGACAAGAAGGGGAAAUCGUGGAUGUCUGCUGCUGCUGCGGCGGCGGCGAAGAAGAAGAGGAAGAAGGGGAGUGGUGGGCUGGACUCUGAGUAUGAUCAUGGAAGUGUAUCCGGUGGAGCUAAGAAGAAAGCUAAGGUCUUGAAUUUCUGCUCCACUGUGGUUGCCAAUGGCGGAAACUGUGUGCCGCCUUCUGAUGAUGGUCAGAAGCUGCAGGAUGAAACAACGGAAGAAGUUCCCAGAGAAGUAGGAGAUGAGCUUGGCCAAGUUCCUAGAAUCAACAGGCAUGUGUCCGAGCUGGGCCCUGUACGCUGCGUUUUCUUGUACUCGCAGAAACCGGGAAAAAGGCUUUCCCUAAAUCGCCAACGGCUGCAACUGCAACGCAAUCAGUUGAGCUUCAGCAAGAAGCAGUACCCUAGCCGCCGUCUCCAGACCUUCGAGUUCGCCGGAGCUCUUCUCCUCCCGCUUUCUGCCGUCCGGCCGGACUUAUCUUUGGCUGCGGCGAACUGGGAAGUAAAGCCAGCGCCGGAUUCCCGCGACAGCCGACGGCCUUCUCAGACUUUCUCGCCUCCGCCGUUUGCCCUGUUCGCUCCGCGGUUCUCACGGGCUGCGAUAAAAAAAAUGAGAAAUUCGGAACUCGAUAUCAAGAGGAUGAAGAGCAAGAAAAAGAGACGCGAGAAUGAGGUCCAAGUUAAGAACGAAGAAGAGAGUCAUGAAAGGAAUGCAGGGGCUGGGAAGAAAAAGAGAAGAAGGGAAACGAAGAACAAUGAUGAAUCUGGUGAAGUGGCGACAGUCAAUGAAGGGAACACGUCGAUGGAAGUAGAGAAGGUGAAGAAGAGGAAAAAGAAACAAAGGAAAGAGAUUGUGGCGAAGACCGCUCCUGUUGAAGAGUCUGAUCAGUUUGAUGAUGGCUCCUCCAGGCAAAAAAGUGGUAAAUCUAAGAAAUCCAAGAAAGACAAGAAGAAAAACAGGAUGAAGCAGGAGGUUGCAUCAGAAGGAGUUGGCAUGCAGGGGAAAACAGAAAAACAAGAGGAGGAUGUCUACUGCCUGUCAUCCAGCGACGAGGAAUGCUCGAAAGGAAUGAAAAAAUGGCUUACAGAGUACCACGAAAAUAGACCAGGUUUGAAGGUAUUGCAACAACGAAUAGAUGACUUCAUAAUUUCUCAUGAAGAAAAGCUCGAAGAGGAAAAGAAAGAAAGAGAAGCUCUAGCGGCAGAUGGUGGUUGGACAGUUGUUGUACAUCAGAGAGGAAGGAAAAAGACGACGGAUCCUGAAAGCGGUAUUGCUGUGGGCUCCGCCGUUCCAAUUGCCAAAGUCGAUGACAUCACAACCAAGAAGAAGCGUAGAGAAGUAGGAGUAGAUUUCUAUCGGUUUCAGAAGAGAGAAGCUCAUAUGAAUGAAAUCUUGCAACUCCAGAGCAAAUUCGAGGAGGACAAGAAGAGGAUUCAGCAACUCAGGGCUGCAAGAAAGUUCCGACCAUAUUGAGCUUGCUUGAUCCUUGGAGGAUUUAAGGGCAUGGAGCAUUCGACAAUUUGCACUCCCAAGUCUGCGUUCGUUAUAUACAUCAUUUUACACUUUUCAAAAAAUAACCAAGGCUCUAGCACUCGGGAACUUCGGGGAUGCGACUGAAUGAACUCAACUUGGUUAUGGUUCUUGUGUUUGUUGGCGUUAAGAUAUAACACUCAACGUUCAUGGUUCAUAGAACUUGUGAUCCAACAAUCCAAAGGUGUGCUAGUAUAUGUUGUAUUUUCAAUGAGCAUUGUAUCUGUGUAAACUCUUAUUAGAACUUAGUUGAGUCUAGGGUAUAAUUGGAUCUAAAAAGGUUUACUUCAAAGAAAAUAACUCAACUCUCGAUUUCUCUUUCA